UAUAAGACGCAGCAAGGGAUGUGAAACGCUGCCGAUUCGUCUCCGAACAGCGGGGAAGGAAACAAAGAUUGGGCAUUUGAAAGAUUGAAUGAGAAAUGUUCGAUUUAAUGUUUCCCAACCUGGAUAGGUGCUACACCUGUGGGACACAGUGUCAUUAAGGGGCCACACAAUUUGAUGCUUAAUCAAACAAAAGCAUCCUCGGGAUAGUUCCGGUUUAGUGAAGCUGUGUGUGUGUAAAAAAAACAGCGCCCAAUUACACACACACACACCUCUCUGGAACUUUACAACAGUGGUUCUCCCACAAAGACAACUGCUUAAAUUCAGGUGAUCAUGUUAGACCUCACAUACUGAGCGGAGUGACACCAAAGGGCAGGACCGCCAAAGGAGGAAGGAAAGAAAGAAAGAUAGAAGGGGACGAUUCAAAGCAUCGUGGAGCCCAAGAAAGAACCCGCGGAGUGAAGACUAAUAAUGAGACUCCAUAGCUGGAAUGGUAGCCGCAGUCACCCUCUCUCUGUGGCAAUGAUCCAGUUUGCACUACUUGCUUCCAACUGUCUCAGUCAGCCGUUGCAUCAAACUGUGAAUCCCAUGACAGGAAACUCCCCUUUUAUGGCUCUGUGGAAUGCACCCACUGAAUUGUGUGAGAACAAAUUUGGGGUCACAGUAGAUUUGAGCUUGUUUGAGGUAAUCGGUAGUCCUCUCGAAACCGCCACAGGUCAAUCCAUCACGAUAUUCUACCACAACAGACUUGGGUAUUACCCCUAUUACGAUGAGCUAACUGAAGAAGCAUUUAAUGGCGGCCUACCUCAGCUAGCGUCCUUGGAGCUUCACGUAGCGAAGACGACAGUGGACUUUCAGUACUACAUUCCUGCAUAUGGGAUUCCUGGGUUCGCCGUCCUUAACUGGGAAAACUGGAGACCGCAGUGGAUAAGAAAUUGGGACCAGAAAGAUAUCUACAGGAGAAAAUCUGUCGAACUGGUUAUGCAGAAAAAUGAUUCCAUGAACAUGAAAGAUUGCAUUGAGAUUGCAAAGAGUGAGUUUGAAGAACACGCCAAAACGUUAAUGCUAAUAACUUUAAAGAUGGGUAAGGUAUUAAGACCCAAUCACUUGUGGGGAUAUUACUUGUAUCCAGAGUGUUACAAUUACAACUACAAGGAUUCGUUGGUUAACUACACGGGGAGAUGCCCCGAUAUUGAGGAAUCGAGAAACGAUGAGCUACUCUGGCUUUGGAAUGAAAGCACAGCCCUCUAUCCAUCCAUUUACCUGCAGAGUGUGCUCCGAGAUUCAGACGCUGCGGCUAAGUUUGUGCGCCACCGUGUCCAGGAAGCAAUGCGGGUAUCCUUGCUUUCGACUCAGGAAUACUCUCCGCCUGUGUACGUGUACACCCGCCCGGUGUUCACUGAUUCUCCCACAGAAUAUCUGUCUGAGACUGAUCUUCUCCACACUAUUGGUGAAAGUGCUGCUCUGGGAGCAGCUGGGUUUGUUCUAUGGGGCAGUUUAAAUAUGACUGAAACAAAGCUCGUGUGUUUGAAGGCUGGCAACUAUGUGAAGGACGUCUUGAAUCCUUACAUUGUAAACGUGACUUCUGCAGCGAGGCUAUGCAGUAGAAUUCUGUGUGGCAACAAAGGCCGUUGUGUGCGAAAGGAGUGGGACUCAGCUCAUUAUCUGCACUUGAACCCCACGAGCUUCAGAAUCAGGAGAACUCACAAAGAAUACGUAGUCAUAGGACUAGCCUCCUUUGAAGAUAUAAUCUUCUUUGCAGAAAACUUUGCUUGCCAGUGCUAUGCAGGGCAGAAUUGUGAACCUGUUAGUGACAUAGAGAACUAUAUCACUGAACUGGACACCUGUGUUAAUCCUGAUUAUUGCAUCAGUUUAGAUGCCUACACAGAAUUGCCCAACAUGUCAGAAGAUAUUAAUCUAAGCGUAACUUCUGGAAGUUCUGCUCACUCUAUCAAUGCUCCCUUUGACUCUUUCAUUUGCACAGCUUUCAUUGCACUUUAUAUAAUUCAUCUAAUGUGAUUUCAAGAAACUUGUACUCGGUUUAUGUUCUAUAUAUAUAUAUUGAUUUAAUUAAUGAGCAUCUUUAUCAAAAACAGUGAGUACUUAAGGUGUGACCUGUUGCUAUGUUUCAGAGUACAAAUGUGAAUAUUUUAGUGCUUGGUUAUUACAGUAAAACCUAAUCUUCCACAUGAUUGAUUUAACACUAAUUUAAAUGUUUGAGUGCUUAAGUCAGAAUUAAAUUGUUGCAUGUUUCAUUUGA